CGCCGCUGCUGUCCCGGGGCUGAGCCGCGCCCGGGUUUCCAGGACUGUGCGUGAGCGAGUGUGUGUGUCCGCGCGGGCGAGCGCCGCGCCGCCCCGCCCCGGAGCCUCUCGCUCGCUUCCACUGGCCGCGGUGCAUGUUCGCCUCCUGCCACUGUGUGCCGAGAGGCAGGAGGACCAUGAAAAUGAUCCACUUUCGGAGCUCCAGCAUCAAAUCGCUCAGCCAGGAGAUGAAAUGCACCAUUCGGCUGCUGGACGACUCGGAGAUCUCCUGCCACAUCCAGAGGGAGACCAAAGGGCAGUUUCUUAUUGACCACAUCUGCAACUACUACAGCUUGCUGGAGAAGGACUACUUUGGCAUUCGUUUUGUGGACCCAGAGAAGCAGCGGCACUGGCUUGAACCUAACAAGUCCAUCUCCAAGCAAAUGAAAUCUCAUCCACCAUACACCAUGUGCUUUAGAGUGAAAUUCUACCCACACGAACCCUUGAAGAUUAAAGAAGAGCUCACCAGGUAUCUUUUGUACCUGCAAAUUAAAAGAGAUAUUUUCCACGGUCGACUGCUCUGCUCCUUUUCAGAUGCUGCCUACCUGGGUGCCUGUAUCGUCCAAGCUGAGCUCGGUGACUACGAUCCUGAUGAGCAUCCUGAGAAUUACAUCAGUGAGUUCGAGAUUUUCCCCAAGCAGUCACAGAAGCUGGAAAGAAAAAUAGUGGAAAUUCAUAAAAAUGAACUCAGAGGCCAGAGCCCACCAGUUGCUGAAUUUAACUUACUUCUGAAAGCUCACACUUUGGAAACCUAUGGGGUGGAUCCCCACCCAUGCAAGGAUUCAACAGGCACAACAACAUUUUUGGGAUUCACUGCUGCAGGCUUUGUGGUAUUUCAGGGAAAUAAGAGAAUCCAUUUGAUAAAAUGGUCGGAUGUCUGCAAAUUGAAGUUUGAAGGGAAGACAUUUUAUGUGAUUGGCACCCAGAAGGAGAAAAAAGCCAUGUUGGCAUUCCAUACUUCAACACCAGCUGCCUGCAAACAUCUUUGGAAGUGUGGGGUGGAGAACCAGGCCUUUUAUAAGUAUGCAAAAUCCAGUCAGAUCAAAACUGUGUCAAGCAGCAAGAUAUUUUUUAAAGGAAGCAGAUUUCGAUAUAGCGGCAAAGUUGCCAAAGAGGUGGUGGAAGCAAGCUCCAAAAUCCAGAGGGAGCCUCCCGAGGUGCACAGAACCAACAUUACUCAGAGCCGCAGUUCCCACUCCUUGAACAAACAGCUCAUCAUUAACAUGGAGCCCCUGCAGCCCCUGCGGCCGUCCCCCAGCGAGCAGGAAGAGGAACUUCCACUGGGUGAGGGUGUUCCAUUGCCCAAAGAAGAUGACAUUUCUGCCCCCUUGACCUCCAGCUCACCAGUAAAGGAAUCCCAUGAGUAUGAAGAGCCCUCAAGUGAAGAGGAAGAUAAAAUAAAAGAAGAAGAGCCCUUGACCAUCUCUGAACUGGCAUACAACCCAAGUGCCAGCCUGCUCCCUACCCCCAUUGAUGAUGAUGAGAUUGACAUGCUCUUUGACUGUCCAUCUAGGCUGGAGUUGGAAAAAGAAGACACAGAUUCGUUUGAGGAACUAGAAGCAGAUGAAAAUGCCUUUUUAAUGGCCGAAGAAGAAGAGUUGAAGGAAGCUCACCAAGCUUUGUCAUGGAGCUAUGACAUUCUGAGUGGCCAUAUUCGGGUGAACCCACUGGUCAAGAGUUUCUCCCGGCUCCUUGUGGUGGGCCUGGGCCUGCUGCUCUUUGUAUUCCCCCUGCUCCUUCUCCUUUUGGAGUCAGGUAUUGAUCUCUCCUUCUUAUGUGAAAUCCGCCAGACGCCCGAGUUUGAGCAGUUUCACUAUGAAUACUACUGUCCUCUCAAGGAGUGGGUGGCUGGCAAAGUCAACCUCGUUCUUUACAUGCUGGGUUGCUCAUAAAGCUCCUAUCUCAUAUGACUAAGGGCUAUAUUCAAUACUAGUGAUUUCUUUUUUUUUCAGCAAAGGCCUUGUUCUGAAUGGUCACAGGACCAUCAACAGGUGUUCCUUACUCAUAACUGAUUAUUCAGACCUUUAAGUUAGCUUUCCAUAAUUCACUGCAAGUAAAUAAGUUUAAAUCAAAUACAGUUAUUUUAGUUACAGGUCAGGAAGAUGGCCUCUAAAUAACCAAAAAUAUGUUUAUUUUUUAUUGUAGUACAGACAUACUCUUUAUCUAUUAUAAUAAAUUGAGCUGAAUUAGAUUUCCUCCUUUUUUAAUAGUUAACACCAUUAUAAGCUAUAAGGUACAGAAUCAGAGUUUUAGUAAAAACCCAAGAGAAACUUUUUUGAAUAUAAUCCUUAGUGAAAACAAUGUUCUCUAACCAAUGCCUAUACAAUUAAAUUUAUGCUGGGCUUUUGUUUUUGUUUUUUUAAAAAUAUUUUUAUGUGUUCAAAAUAUUUUGGUAAAUUUUUAGCAAAAAAAAAAAAAAA